CAUGAUGCUGCCUGAGGAAGAGAUUUACUUUCGCUGCAGCUUGGAGCUUCGCUUAUGAUGUUUUCUUCUUAUCUUUGGCACAUCAUAGCCCCUUGACGCGUUGUUUUCUCGAUACAAUCUCCCAACACGAACUGGAAUACCCCUUUGUGACGCACACGACGCAUCAGUCUUCAGAUCAAACUCUACACAACUCUACUCAAGCACAUACACUCGUUUCCAUUCUUCAACAUGGCCGUGAACUAUCAAGAUACGCUUCUGUUUGACGGUUACAAUCUGACCUCCGCAAGAGAAAUUCGAUUUCUGGCAGUGGCAAUGAAGGCGUACAACAACGGCUUGGGAAAUGGUUUCCAGACGCGGGCUUUGAGUGACCAGCGAAAGGCAACCAUUACGAGAGUUGCAAUCCAGAUGGCAGGCAGUGCUAGUCUCAGUGAUGCCAUAGGAACAUUGGUCGUCGCUGAUCGCGAGUCUGACGACAUCAUAAUAGCAAGUGGUCGCAUGCUACAAAACUUUACAUACGAAGCGCCUCCUAAAAUUCGGCCAUCAAUCAAGCCAGUCCCAACCGAUCCUCUUCCCCGCCAGCUGGUUGGAAAGAACGCGCCAGGAGUCAGAGCCAUCAAGGAUCCGUCGCUUGACAUUAGCUUUGCGAGACACGGUACCCCGGACAAGUCCAAGUACAAGUUCAAGAUCGAUUUCGAGAAGCCAAAUCCUUACAUGAGCUCUAAGUGGGACUACUACGGCACUAAAUUCUACAACUGGUUGGAUGACCAUGAUGAGCCAUCCUGGGACUCGGCAGCCAGUCUGUCUAGGCUGAACCAAUGGCGUUCCCAGAUCUUCAAGCGCUACUUCGGCCUCAAGAGACAACCUCGCGAUCAUUGGGUCGUCAGUGAGAAGAAUCUGGUGGUGAAGCUGAUGGAGAAAGACUUGGAGAACAGCGCGUUUGUUCGGUGGAAGCGAUUGGCCAACAACUUCAACCAAGCUAUGAAAGGCCAGAUCCAGAGUACGGAUGAGCUUUUGGUUUCACAGUUGAUUGGACACAAGGAUUACUUGGAUGAGGAGCGCAUGGCUCCAUGGCGUACUCUGGGUGCCAUCAAGGCUCAGACUACAAGAUGGGUUGAGACCAGGAGCUUGGAGGCAGAAGCUCUGGCCGGGGAGACAUCUGAGGUUGAGUCCUCGGAUGAUGAGGAGGAAAUGCCAGAUCCCGCGACAGAGUCGGAGAAGAUCGCAGUGGCGAAUGGAAAGCGCAAGCAACCGCAUACCAGAACUAUGGGUAAUUGCAAGUCGAAGAAGGCGAAGAAGACCAUUAAGUCGAAGGGAAAGGGCAAGAGAAAGCACAAGGAAGUGGAGGAUACUGAGACGGAGGACGACGACUAGGGGAACGGUGGUUGAUCACCAGUGUGGUGCUUUUCUUGUAUUGGGUUUCUGGGCUGGGGAGCUUGCUUUUGAUUAUAUUUUUGGUACUAAUGGGACUGUUUGGGUCGACUAUUCGUACGCACUCUUUUGCAAGUUGCGCUUUAUCAUUCUACCUCUGGCUCUGAUCGUUUUACAGUGCUAAAUACUAAGUCUACA